CCCCCUACCUCGUCAGCGGGUGCAGGCGCCGUUUCCGUUUUCCUCUUCCUUCUCUCGCCUUUCCUCUUUUGCCUCCUCUCUACUCCUCUUUCCUCGUCUUUCGCCUGGAGUAGGUGAUGGGGAGACUUACUGCUGCUUAAAACUGGGAGACUUGCGCUCUAGUUUCUUCUUCUAGUUUUACUGAGCCGAGAGAAGGAAGCGAAGAUGUAGCUGGUAUAGAAAUUCGAUCUUUUUGUUGAAUUGAAAAGAGAGAAGGAUGGGGCUUCUUGGGCAGGUUGGUUUCACGAACGGGAUGCCGAACUGGCUGGAAGCCUUGCUGGGAGAGAGAUUCUUCAAUCCAUGCACGAUCCACGAGACGGCCAAGAAGAACGAGAAGAACAUCUUCUGCCUCGACUGCUGCUCAAGCUUCUGCCCCCAGUGCCUCCCUCUUCACCGCCUUCACCGCCUCCUCCAGAUUCGGAGAUAUGUGUACCACGAUGUUGUUCGAGUCGACGAUCUGGAGAAGUUGAUCGACGGUUCUUCCGUUCAAUCGUACACGACGAACGGCGCAAAGGUGGUGUUCUUGAACCAGCGGGCGCAGAGCCGGCCUUUUCGCGGCUCCGGCAACGCCUGCCUCUCCUGCGACCGCCCCCUCCAGGACCCUUACCUCUACUGCUCCCUCUCCUGCAAGGUGAAGCUGUUGUUGAGGAGCGAGGGAGGGCUGGCGAGGGAGCUCCGGGAGUGCGAAUUCCUGCCGCUGCCGAGCUCGUGCGAGCUGGACGAGGGCCAGCUCACGCCCGACUCCAUCCUGGAGUCCGCGUCCGCCACCUCCUCCGGCUCCUCCGCCGGGGGCGGCAGCGGAGCGGGGGCCCGGGCCACCCGGAGCACCGCCGGGACUGAGUCCCUCUCCCAGGGGCGGCGGAGCGCCGCGGGCCGCCCGUCCUGUCCGGAGGUGGCGAACCGGAGGAAAGGUGUCCCGACCCGGUCGCCGCUGUUCUGAACCGGAGGUGGGCCCGGUUCCGUGAGGUUCGCUUCGGAUGCAACAAUUUGGGGACUAAAUUUUGGGAUAUCUUGAGAUUUAAAAAGGGAAAAGAAUAUCUUCCCAAUUUUGUAAAGGAGCUUACUCCCCAUAAUCUUCUCAUCUGCAAUUUGAAAAAAAAAAGAAGAAAAAUUAUGCGUAUGAUGUUCUACCUCCAAUCCAGUUCAAUUUUUUUUGAAAAAAAAAAAAACUGUCUCUCGUAACAAUUUAGUUCAAAAAUUCAAACUUUUUAUGAA